GAAAUUGUGCGUUCAAGUUCACACCUUUUCAACAGGUCGCUCUCUUUUUCCCCCAUCUUCCCUCUGUACUCUCACUCCUUCGAGAGGACACACGACGUGAACACAAGACAGCAAGACACCAUGGCGGCAGAGGACGACAAAGGCACAACGGAAGAUGAGGAGUGCGAUGAUCGCAUUGAUCCAAUCACAGAGCUCCAAGAUGGAAUUGACGGACUGAGUCUGGCCAUGUUCGAAGCGCUCCGAGGACUCCGUGAUGCCGUGGCACCCGAGUCUGGAAAUCUGGGGGGCAACAACAACAAUUCCGCCGGUGAGAAUUCCGAGCCUGAUUUUGACGACUUUUGGAGCAGUUAUCGCAGUGGCGAUCCCACCACUGUGGCACUUGUCAACAAGGUUAACAGGGCUGGGACCCCGCCGACGCGACGAGAAGAUUUUGCUCGUAUUCACGCACGGAUCGAAAUGGAAAAAGAUGCCGAAUUGGUGGGCAAGCUUGCCAAUGAUGUCCUCGAAAAGAGCGGCAAAAUCAAUGAACGGGUGUCCACAUUGCCGGGCAUGGAGAGAACGAGAACACAACAAAUGGAGUACAUUGAAAAACUGAUACAACAGAAUCAAGAAGCUGCUGAUGACUUGGAGAAACAUCACGCAAUUGCCAAGGAACGGAGAGAUCAAGUACGACAAUUUGUAAAAGACAAUACAUGCAAAGCCUUGGGGAUUAUUGAAGGAGACAUGAUGUAAAUUUGACUGUCAAUGUCAAAGGAAAGAUGCCAUACUAGUAGUUUGAAACGUUACAACAACAAACAACAAUACACUUGAUCAAACCGUUAUCUGUUUCAAAAACGGCACAGUACUGCCAUUUUUCUCAUUGUCCCUCCUCGACACUCGAGGAACCGAGAGAUAAGUAUAUCGUAAUGGGAGGGAAUGCUAUAGUUGCUUUUAUGUCCAAAUGGAAAGGACAAAUUCCGUACGAGUUGGAGUUCAAGUGAACCUAGAUCUCAUACUAGUACAAAGCGAGAUGCGCAGAAGCAAUCCAAACCUAAGUCUUUAUGGUAAGUAGUCUAGUUUCCAAAUAAUUGACAACUCUGCUAACGGUACAAGAACCAUAGCCUAACUGAAUAGAACCGGUAACACCAUC